UAUAAUGGGUCCAGGAUAUAUUUUGUCUUGUUCUAUAUCUUUUCGCUCUUUAAAACCUCAACCAGUCAUCACUCUUUCUUUAUAUUCAACAACUCCUCUCACCCAAGAUCCAAAUUCUCAACACCAAGAGAGAGAUGGAGAUGGUGGGUUCCUCUUCCUUUUAGUCUCUGUCUCUCUCUCUCUCUCAUUCAUGUAUUUUAUAUAAUUGGUCUUAUACAUAUUUUGGUGUACCCUCAUGAGUUUUUCUUUUUGUCUAUAUGUGCAGGAACAAGAAAACGAAGAGCAGCUGGCUAGAUGGGAUGGCUAUGUGGACUGGAGGAACAGGCCUGCCCUCAGAGGCCGUCAUGGAGGCAUGCUUGCUGCCUCCUUCGUAUUGGUUGUGGAGAUAUUGGAUAACCUGGCAUUUCUGGCAAAUGCAAGCAACUUGGUGAUGUAUCUAUCAGAGUACAUGCAUUUGUCUCCAUCUGUAUCGGCCAAUAAUGUCACGAAUUUCAUGGGAACUUCUUUCCUUUUGGCACUUCUCGGUGGUUUUCUCUCAGAUGCUUUUUUCACUACUUAUACCAUAUACCUGAUAAGUGCAGACAUCGAAUUUCUGUUAGAGGGGUUGGUGAUACUCACUGUGCAAGCUCGCUCACCUUCGCUAAAACCACCGGCAUGUGACCCAGCUAACCCCAACGUCCCAUGCCAAGAAGUAACUGGUGCAAAAGCUGCGAUGCUGUUUUUAGGGCUCUAUAUAGUGGCCCUUGGCGUUGGAGGGAUAAAGGGUUCACUUGCAGCACAUGGGGCAGAGCAAUUUGAUGAAAGCACCCCACAAGGAAGGAAGCAGAGAUCGACCUUCUUCAAUUACUUCAUCUUCUGUCUUGCUUGCGGAGGCCUCAUUGCAGUAACUUUCGUUGUGUGGCUAGAGGACAACAAAGGGUGGGUGUGGGGUUUUGGAGUAUCCACCAUUGUAAUCUUUCUAUCUAUCCCUAUCUUCCUCGCUGGCUCACCCACUUACAGGAAUAAGAUCCCUUCUGGAAGUCCCCUCACAACCAUUUUCAAGGUUUUGAUAGUUGCUGCUAUUACUACUUUCAUAAGCAGCACUCCCAGCAAUGCCAUAGCAAACCUGAAUGCAAGUCCUAUCAGUCCAACCAAGGCCAGCGAAGAAUCAAAAGAAAAUUCCAAAGAAAUGGCACCCGGUACUGAAACUUUAACAAAAAGCUUCAGCUUUCUUAACAGAGCGUUGGUGAAAAGGCAAGUCCAUUCUUCUCUAGAAUGCACAGUACAGCAAGUUGAGGAAGUUAAGGUUGUGAUAAAAAUCCUACCAAUAUUUUCUUGCACCAUCAUGCUCAGUUGCUGCCUGGCUCAGCUCUCCACAUUUUCUGUACAACAAGCUGCCACCAUGAACACCGAGCUUGGUUCCUUGAAAGUUCCCCCAGCUUCCCUUCCCUUUUUUCCUGUAAUCUUCAUUAUGAUCCUAGCACCCAUUUACGACCAUUUCAUUAUCCCAUUCGCUAGGAAAGUGACUAAAUCUGAAAUGGGCAUCACUCAUCUGCAAAGAAUUGGCAUUGGUUUAGUUCUUUCUGUAAUAGCAAUGGGAGUUGCUGCGCUGGUUGAAAUCAAGCGGAAGAGAGUUGCUACAAAUUCAGGACUGCUAGACUCGAAUGAUCCAUUACCCAUCACAUUCUUCUGGAUUGCUUUCCAGUACUUAUUCUUGGGAUCAGCAGAUCUCUUCACAUUGGCAGGGCUGAUGGAAUUUUUCUUUACAGAGGCACCCACAAGCAUGAGAUCCUUAGCAACUUCUCUUUCUUGGGCUUCCUUGGCCAUGGGGUACUACCUGAGCUCAGUAAUUGUAUCAAUAGUAAAUAAUAUUACAGGUAGCUCUACACGCAGACCAUGGCUCUCUGGCGACAACAUAAAUUACUAUCAACUGGAACGAUUCUACUGGCUGAUGUGUGUGCUAAGUGCUGUGAAUUUCUUGCAUUACCUUCUCUGGGCCAACUGGUACAAGUAUAGAUCAACAAGAAGUGGCUAUCAAAGCCAAUUUACGCAUUCGACAUAGAUAACGACUGGCCUCUUUGGUCUGUUUAUACCAGAUGAUAAAUGGUUGCGCUGAACAACCUCUUGGCUGUAUAUAAGAUCAAUCGCAGGAUCUUCAUUACCGGCCAAUACAUGGAAAAGCUUUAGAGUAAUUUUAUCGUGUAAUAACCGUUUCUCUUGUAAUAGCGGCUCUUGUCCAUUGUUAACUAAUGCAAUUCUCGAUUUCUCAUGCA